AUGCUAGGCGACUUCCCCUUGGCGGGUAAAAUCGUAGUCAUCACUGGCGGCGCGUCAGGCAUCGGCCUCGCCUUCACUGAGUUGGCAUUGACCAGCAGGGCAAAGGUGAUCAUCGCCGACCUUGUUCUUUCCCAUGCAGCCGAACUUCUCAUAAGCGACGAUCACAAUGCCCGCUUCAUCCGAUGCGAUGUCGGUAAAUGGAGUGAUCUUGAAUCUCUGAUCCCCUUCUCUCAGAAGGAGUUUGGUGAUGUGCCGGAUGUUUACGCUGCCAACGCUGGUGUUGGAGAGCCUGCAUGGUCCAGUUUCUGGGGUGACCGUGAGACUGAGAGAUAUGCUCAGCUCGACAUCAACCUCGGCCAUCCUAUCAAACUCACCCGCAUAGCUAUCCGCGCAUGUCUCGGCAGGAACAAGAAGGGCGUCGUUAUCAUUACAUCAUCCAUCGCUGGAGUGAAUGGCCAUUUCGCUACGGCGCUUUAUGUGGCAAGCAAGCAUGGGACAAUAGGAUUCAUCAAGAGUCUCGCUAAAGCUGAGACUGAAGCUCAAGUAAAAGUCGUCGGGAUCUGUCCUGGGCUCGUCGAGACGCCGCUUCUCCAAAAUAUCAUGGAGAGUCAAAACAAAGACGAGCCUGACGUGGUGCUGAUCAAGCCGAGCGAGAUUGCAGAUAGGAUGAAGGACCUAGUUGAAAAGGGUACAUACCGUGGAGGAAUAGCUUUGGCAGUGAGCGCGCCGGGAGAUGCAACCGUUGUGGCUGAUGGAUCGACCAGCGCGCUCGAGGAUCUUCUACCCUCUGAUCUGAAUGUAAUGAGGGAAAUUAUAGCAGCAGAGAGGGGAAAUGACUCCUAG